GGGCGGCCCUUAACCCGGAAGUGGUUCCUCGCGCGUCGUCGAGAGCCGUGCUGAGGCGGCGGGAGGGGGAGGCUGAAGCGGCGAGGAGGAUGGCGCUGAUGGCCGCCGCCGGCUGGAUCAAGAGUCCCCGCAGCAGCGGCACCCUGGACUGAGCUCUGGCCCCGCGGGCCCUCGCUUCCCUCGCCAUGGACCUGCUGAGCGCCGCCGCAUUGGCUGAGAAGGACUGAGGGAGCCUGCCUGCCGGAUAGGCUCGACCUCCUUUCCCUGAGAGAAGGAAAGGGAGCUCCGUGGGAGGCCCCCUGGGCUAGAGAGCGGGGUUAAAGGGAGCUUCCUGGGAGGCCCCCCCUUUGGUCCGGGCUGUGCGGGGAGGAGAGUGGGGCUGGGGAGGACGGGCCUCAGCCCUGCCUAGCUCAGCACGUCCAGGGGGAGCGGGGGAGGAGGGCUGGGGAGAUCUUUAGGAGCAGGGAAGGAAGCUUUGGGGGGCGGGCACGGGGUGCAGAGGUGUAGUGGGUUGUGGGGCAGUAGGGGCCCGGGAGGUGCUGCCAGGCUAGAAGGAAGGCCCGGUGGGCGGUUUGCUUGGGGUCAGCGAGCCUUGGGCUCCAGGGAAGGGGCCUUUGCCUACCCACGUGGUCACGUUGGCCUGUACCAUUAGGUCAGGGUUUCCCUGGUGCUGGUGGGGGGCUUCUGUUGAGGUCAUGCAGGGUUUUUGACUCUGGAUGGGAUCAUGGAAGCCUGAAGCUGAAGGGUGGGAGCGUCUUGCAGCGUGUCGGGUUGGGAGACAAAGCUCCUGUGGGUGCAGGCAGUUGUUGGGGGAUAAAGCCCUGGUUUGGGUGAAGGGUGCUUCUUAAGGGCUAAUAGCGAAUGGGUUCUGGGAGACGCCUUGGGUUUUCCCUGUAGGUCAGGAGCUUGUUAGGUGUGGAGGUCCAGAUUCUAGUCUGCAGUUGGUGACACGGGUGGUGCAGGCAGGUGGCCUAGCUUGAGGUGAAGCGUCUCAUCCGGCGUUGGCUGUGAGUUGUUUUCCCCCCCAUCUCUCCGUGGUGCGGUUUCCCGUCAAGUGUUUCUGAUGCCAGAACAAGGCCCCAGAAUGAACGGUUUCUCUCUGGGCGAGCUAUGUUGGCUCUUCUGCUGCCCGCCUUGCCCCAGCCGCAUAGCUGCCAAGCUGGCUUUUCUGCCCCCAGAGCCCACGUACACUGUGAUGCAGCCGGAGCAGCAGGAAGGUGGAGCUGCCGCGGGGACGCCGACUGGGAGCUGCAGCUUGCACUUGACUGAGCGGGCAGACUGGCAGUAUUCCCAGAGGGAGCUGGAUGCGGUGGAAGUCUUCUUCUCGCGCACAGCCCGGGAUAACCGUCUAGGAUGCAUGUUCGUACGCUGUGCUCCUUCCAGUCGGUAUACACUACUUUUUUCCCAUGGCAAUGCUGUUGACCUGGGCCAGAUGUGCAGCUUUUAUAUCGGCCUAGGCUCCCGCAUCAACUGUAACGUCUUCUCUUACGACUACUCUGGUUAUGGAGUGAGCACUGGUAAACCUUCUGAAAAGAACCUCUAUGCGGACAUUGAUGCAGCUUGGCAGGCCCUCAGAACAAGGUAUGGGGUCAGUCCUGAGAACAUCAUUCUCUAUGGGCAGAGUAUUGGAACCGUUCCCACUGUGGACCUGGCGUCUCGGUAUGAGUGUGCAGCUGUAAUCCUUCAUUCACCGUUGAUGUCUGGGUUACGGGUAGCUUUCCCGGAAACUAGGAAAACAUACUGCUUUGAUGCUUUCCCAAGCAUUGACAAGAUUUCUAAAGUAACCUCUCCUGUCUUGGUGAUUCACGGUACUGAAGACGAAGUGAUAGAUUUCUCCCACGGCCUGGCCAUGUACGAGCGGUGUCCUCGGGCCGUGGAGCCCCUCUGGGUCGAGGGGGCCGGCCACAACGACAUAGAGCUUUAUGCACAGUACCUAGAGCGACUAAAACAGUUCAUAUCUCACGAACUCCCUAACUCCUGAAGAAACCUACUUGAUCUCUUUUUUUUCUCUUUUUCUUUUUACCUCAGUUAACUGUGAAUGGAAGAAUUUACCUGUUUUUUGCACAUGCAUUAACUGGAUUAGCUGUAAUAGCUUUAUACUAUGAAGAAAAUGCCCUCUUGUUAGGGUGGAUCCAAUCAAGUCUGUCUCUUUUUAUAUUGGGAAGCUAUUCUAACGAUCACUACUGUAAUCCUUAAUAUUUUUUACCUGUAUUACCCUAGAAGAGUGGAAUUGCAGAGAGGGGAACUAGUUGAUCAUGAAGAUACUAAAUCUAGCGCAUAUAUAUAUUUCCUUCCCCCUACUCCAAUUGCUUAUGUCCUAUAUAUGUAUUUUUUAAUCUUCCCACACUCUGGAAUGCAAGCAAUCAGGGCUCCAGCUUCUUAAAACUGACUCACAGAUUCCGUUUAAAACGUCCUCCAUGUAAAAUUUCUAGCUGUGCUAUUGGCUAUUGUAACUGGAAAGUUUGUGUGCUGUUUUCUCAUUGUGGGCUUUUUUCUUUUACUUUUUUUACUUUACUUUUUUUUUUGUUUUGGGCUGCUUUACCUUCCAGAGUUAAACUAAUGUAAACUUCCUGGGGGGGACACAAUUUCUAAAUGGGGCUAAUUCAUCUAUUGACAAAUGGAAAUAUUCUUAAAGGAACACUGACAAUAUGGAGAAAUAAUUCUUUUUACUCUGUUUGGUCUGGUGACCGUAAAUAAAAUUACAAUUACAAUACAAUUCUUUUUACUUAAAAAUAAAUGUGUAAAUUUACUAACCUUGUUGUUCAGAUGUCUGAAUGACCAACAUUUACUUGUGUAAAGCUUUCCUUCUAGAGGUUUUUAAAAGAUUGUAUAUAAAUGAAUUUACAUUAUGCAUAACUCCUGAUUAGUAGUUAAAUUUUAAGUCUAAUUAACAAAUUCUGGUUUGUAUAUGAUUGAAUACAUUUUGUUAUAAGUUUUUAUCCCUGCAUUAUUUUGCUAUUAAAAGUUUUAUAAGAUUUCCAGGACAACUAAAAAAAGAGAGAGAGAAAUUUACACAUUUGUUUUUGAUGAAUUUAAUGUAAAACUUUCAUUGAAACGGAUCCUUUUUUGUUUAGGGAAACGUUUUCAUUCUUGGACACUGGAAUCGCACAGAAUAUGCAAGACACAUAAAAAUUGUUAUACCCUAAGAGGCCUGAGGGUUUUUUCUCAAACUGAACGGCCUUAAAUGUACUGUAAGCCUCUGAUUGUUGUAAAAAUGGAUCGCGAUUGAUUAUGGUUUAUGUAUUUGUUGCCUGACUGCAACAACAGUGGUUGUAAUGGAAUAAAGGAUGCAUGGAAUAGAGAA